UUCCCUGUUCCUAUCGCUAUCGCCUCUGCUCCAGCUUUCAAAGUCGCUUGCGUUCAUUUGCGUCCGGAUCAGAGUCCAUUGUGAGUUUGUGUUGGCUUUUUCGUACAUCGUGAUCGUUAUCUUCGCCGUGUACUAGGAGCACAAUGUCGUUUAAUCGAGGAGUGAAGAGAGAUUCCUUCAGUAAUCGAAGGAAUUUCAACCGGAGUAGUGGAGGCGGCGGAGGUGGCAGAGGUGGCAAUCGUAUUGGCAGUAACAUGAAUAACAGCGGCAUGGAGAAUAAUAUGGGUGGAGGGAUGAGUGAGAGCAGCGGCAUGAGCGGAAUGAAUCCCUGGGAAGGUGGCAUGAUGUCUGAUAGAGGAAUCCUGUCCACCCCUAAUAACAAUCUCUCCCUGGCGUUGCCGCAAGUGCAGCUGGCAAUUGCCAGCAAUCUCCUGACAAAUCUACUUCGCAGCCAGCAGGAAGUGCAACCCCAACAGGUACCGUCUCUGAUGAGCUUAGGAAAUAAUUACUCCGGACCAGGGUCGAACUAUCCCAAUCAACAGAACUAUUCAUCCGGACGGUUCAAUGAUCGAACGACGCGGCAUCCUUUGAAGAACACGCGUCCCCAACCGUACAAGAUGGGCAAUCGCUCCCGAGAUGGCUCCGCUGGGCGACGUGGCCCAUCCGCACAACAAUCUCGUGCACGCCAGUCUGGCAGUCAACGUAUGAACCGAAAACAAAUCCAACAUCGCAACGAUAAAUCUUCUAAACCAAUUCCUGCCUCUAAACAAAAUCAGACUUCCAAAAAGGAACAGCAAGAUGUUAUGAUUAAUACUGAAAAAGCAGAACCUUCUGUUCCAAAAAGUGAUGACGCCGAUAAUACCAAGGAUAAGAAACGAGAUCGGAAGGACGAGAAGGGAGAGGCGGAGGAAGUAGUCCCAAAACUAGAGAACACUGAAGAUGAAAAAGUAGAAGACGCUGAGGAAAAGAUGGACACAUCUGCCGGUGCCGAAGACGCCGCGCUGAAAGAGACGAAAGAGGCGUCCGACAAAAGCGAGAAGGACAACGCGAAGGCAACCGGCAAGAAGUCGGAGGCGAGACACGCCGAGAGCCGUUACGCCGAGGUUCCGAUGAAUCACAUGUUUUGCCACAUUUGCAACAAGCACAUGUGGAACGGAUUUUCCUUCGAGAAUCAUCUACGCGGACGCGCGCAUCGGUUGAUGAUGGACAAACUGGACGAGUCGUACAAAGUGAAGGUUGAUCUGAUGAGGCACGAGUUGCGAGUAGCUGAGGAGCAGCGGCAGCUCAGCUUGAACAAUUCGAAGCGGCGCAGCAAGAAAGUUUCUGUAGACUUCAACGUCAGGGAGUACUGCACGAUGUGCAAUCUGAACUUUUACGGCACCCUGUCUAUGCAUAGAAAAAGCGAGAAGCACCAGCAACUGAAGACAUUUCUGUAUCCCCACUGCUUCCCUUGCCUGAAGAAAUUCCCCUCUCGCAUAGAAUAUGACGAGCAUUGUCUGUCGCCUACCCACAUGAAGAACGCUGUUCAGUGCGAGGAACAACGGAAGAAUAAAGAGGACGAGAAACUAGCGAAAGGAGAGGCCGAGGUUCGCACGGCGGAGGACGAGGAUAAAACGGGACCUAAAUAUGUCUGCGAAACGUGUAAACUUCAAGUCGGAUAUAAACAGUCUCUGAUACAGCACAUGAAACUCAAACAUUCGAGUUUAAAAACCGACUAUACAUGUAAAGAGUGUGGUAACACAUAUUCCACACACUUUAACGCCGAGAGGCAUAUUAAAAAAGUGCACAAUGUUAAGAGCUCGCUCGCGUCACAGUAUAUAAUUGAACGUGUUCGCCCAGGAGGUGGUAAUAAAGAAGAAGAAAACAACAACGAGUUGAGCAAUUUGAUCGACGACGCGGACGUGGCGCCGAAGAAGUCGGACGAGGAGGAGAAGUACGAACCGCUGGAAGCCGACGCUACAUUGGUGCGGGUGCAACAAAACAAAUAGCUUCUUGGGAAGCUAUUUUGCAGAUGAUAAAUUCCAUCAAAUUGCUAUUAUCAUAGAAUAUGCUAAAAUAAGGUACAUCAGAAUUUGUUACAACACACAGUCAAAUACAAGAUAAAGUUUAUUUUAUAUUUGAGCUAUGAGUUUUCUCAUUAAUAAGAGUAUUGAAAAAGUUUUUUAAUUUUUCGCGCCACUUUUAUUUUAGUUUUGGAAAAAUUUUGCAUUUAGUUUAUUAAUUUAUAGAUUAUAUAUUAUUAAUUGUUAUCUUGAAUUUUGAUAAUAAUCCUUACAUCACAUGCAUUAAAAAAUCACAAAAUCACCAAAAAUAAUAUGCUAGUGUAUUUUGAAAUAUUAAGUUUAUUUUGCGUGUAUAAUAUAAAUUUUACUAUUAUAGAGGGAAUAUCAAUUUUUAUAAGAAUUUAUUGUACGUGUAAAGGAACAGAGAAAAUACUUUCCUGUCAAAUAUAUUUUUUAUACUAUAGUUAAGAAAUAUAUUUUUUUAUGAUUUUGUAACGCAUAUAACAUAAGAAUUGGUGAUUAUUUCAUAAAAUGAACUGAAAUCUUUAAUUUGUAAUACAUUAAAAUGUGAUGAAUAAAUGUUAAAA